AUGGUUGUGACCGCUACCCUUGUGACCCUCAAUAAUGGGCAAAAAAUGCCAGUGCUUGGGCUGGGGACCUACAAUCUGAGAGGACAGAACUGUAUUGAUGCAGUGAAGUCAGCAAUUGACGCAGGCUAUCGACACAUCGAUACUGCCUCGUUGUAUCAAAACGAGACUGAAGUUGGCCAAGCUGUGCGGGAAAAGAUCGAGGAUGGAACGAUUAAGCGCGAGGACAUUUUCAUUACUACUAAGCUCUGGAACACCUCGCAUGAACCGGCACAGGUUCGUGAAGCAUUCGACACCUCCAUGACCAAACUCAACCUGGACUAUGUGGAUCUUUACCUUAUGCAUACUCCGCUUGGUGCCAUGGUCGACGCGAACGGAGAAACCGUACUUACCGCAGUUGACUACGUGACGACCUGGAACGCCAUGGAAAAGCUGCUAGAUACUGGGCGCGUACGCAGCCUGGGUGUGUCCAACUUCAACAGUGAACAGUUGCGCCGGGUAAUCGAGAAUGGGACGGUCAAACCGGUCACCAAUCAGGUCGAGUGUCAUGUGCGGCUCAAUCAGAAAAAGUUGAUCAAAUUCUGCAAAGAUCGUGAUAUCGUUGUCACCGCGUACAGUCCGCUGGUCAGACCGAGUGCUUCCCUCGGUCAGGAAGAUCACAAACAUGCGUUCGAAGAUGAACGGGUAGUUACGAUCGCGGAACGGUACAACAAAACACCGGCCCAGGUGCUGUUGCGCUACCUGGUAGAUAUCGGCACGGUACCAAUCCCAAAGUCGGGCAACCAGGAACGUAUACGGCAAAAUUUGGACAUUUUCGAUUUUGCACUCACACCGGAAGAGGUGCUCACGCUGGACGGUCUUCACACUGGACAGCGGCUGGUGAAAGUCGAGUCCGCCGCAGCACAUCCAUUCUAUCCAUUUGAUGCGGAAUUUUAA